AUGCCGAACGUUGGCAUGCGGAGGAGGCCCACCUUAUUGGUAACUCAUUCUUUGUCACAUCUCGGAAAUCUUCAGAUGGGUCGCAUUCCCCCUCUUCUUGAUGUCGGAUGCUCUCGUUCCGAGCGCCGUGUUUUGUGGAAUUCGUUCCGCGACAUUUUUGAGACGAUUGGUGACACUCCUUGGAUUUCUGGGGGUGACUUCAACUCAAUCUUACUUGAGUCAGAACGGAAUAGAUCGGUUUCGGAUAGGAGACUAGAUAUGGCUGAGUUUGGUGCUAUGGUUUCGGAUUGUGAACUUUCGGAUGCCGGGUUCUCUGGGGCUAGUUCUUGCUAUACUUGGGAGAGCCCUUCAGGUCUUUUGGAGCGUUUGGACAGGAUUCUAUAUAACUCUGCUUGGCUAGAUUUACUGCCUAUUACGCAGGUUACCCACCUCUCACGGACCUGGUCGGAUCAUGCUCCUCUUUUGGUUUCAUCGGCUGCUUCUUCGUCUAGGCCUCCUGCUUCAUUCCGGUUUCAGCAUAUGUGGAUCCGCCACGCUACGUUUCGUCAGAUUGUGGAACAGGUUUGGGAUUUUCCGUGUGCUCAGACGGGGAUACAUCGAUUACAUACGAAGUUGAGACGAUUGAAACAGAAGCUUCAGUGGUGGAAUUGGAAUGUUUUCGGGGACGUGUUCAAGAAUAAAGAGAGGGCCGAGGCAGCUGUUCUAGAGGCCGAGCACAUAUAUGACUUGGAUCGAUCCCCCGAGAAUCGUGCAAAUUUGAAAAAGGCCACUGCUGAACUUACUCUCAUGCUCAAUAUUGAGGAAGACUUUUGGAAGCAAAAGGCAGCUUGUAGAUGGGCGACUGAUGGAGAGAGAAACUCUAAGUUUUUCCACUCAUUAGUCAAGAAAAAGCGAUGUGUCAAUCGAAUCCACUCUAUCUCUCAUGGUGAUUCGGUUCUCACAUCAGCUCAGGAGAUCAAGGAUUCGGGCGUUGAUUUCUUUAGCAAGCUUCUUACCGAUGAUAUGCCUAGUUUGCUUCCGGUUGAUGAGUCCCUAUUUUCCGCUCCUCAAAGGGACUUUUCUUCAGUCCCUACUCGUCCGUCGGUUGAGGAGAUCAAAGAUGCGGUGUUUGGGAUUUGUCGAGAUAGUGCUUCGGGUCCUGAUGGGUAUUCUUCGCUAUUUUAUCAGCAUUGUUGGGACUUGAUUCAGUGUGAUGUUUGUGAAGCGGUUUGGGAUUUCUUCGAGGGUGGAUCUAUGCCUGCGAGCUUCACCGCUACCACCUUGGUUCUUAUUCCAAAGGUGGACUUUCCGACGGCUUGGACAGAUUUCCGCCCGAUUAGCUUGUGCAACGUGACCAAUAAAAUUAUCACCAAGGUACUUACGAACAGACUUGCACCUCACUUGCCACACAUUAUUUCUCCUUCUCAGAGUGGGUUUGUUCAGGGUCGCCUCAUUAGUGAUAAUAUUUUAUUAGCACAAGAGAUGGUCCACUCGAUAUCAGUUCGUUGUCGAAAUCCGAAUCUUAUUUUGAAGCUGGAUAUGGCAAAGGCUUAUGAUAGGGUUCAGUGGCGGUUCUUAUUUCGUGUACUCGAGCUGAUGGGUUUCUCGGCGAACUUGGUUGAUAUUAUUCGGCGAUGUGUUUCGUCGUGCCAGUUCUCUUUACUAAUCAACGGGGAGCUGACGGGUUAUUUCACUUCGUCUCGUGGUCUAAGGCAGGGAGAUCCGCUCUCGCCGACUCUUUUUGUACUUGCGGCUGAUUAUCCGAGAAAGGAUCUUCCUAUCAUUUAUCUUGGAGCACCACUAUACAAAGGGAGGGACCGGGGCAGUUUGUUUCACACUUUGCUUGAUCGCAUGCAAGCCAGGAUUUCGGGAUGGGCUCGGACCGCUUUGGCUUUCGGGGGCCGUCUUGCCUUGAUCCGGAGUACGCUUUCGACUAUGGCUUUGCAUCUUGUUCAGGUUAUUCAACCUCCGCAGUACAUUAUUCAGCAGAUUGAGCAGUGCAUGGCCCGAUUUCUCUGGGGAUCUUAUGGUAAUCAGCGCCGGCCUCAUUGGGUUGCUUGGGAGACGAUUUGUCGGCCAGUUGGUGAGGGUGGCUUGGGGUUGAGGCGUUUGACGGAUGUGAUUGACGCCUUCACUUACAAGCUCUGGUUCCGAUUUCGUGCUCAGGAUUCUCUUUGGGCCCGUUUUCUCCGAAACAAGUAUUGUCGGAAUCGGUUCCCAGGUUCAUCCGUUGUGUCUUCACUCUAUAGCACGGUGUGGAAGCGCAUGUGCCGUGUCCGAGAGCGUGUUCAAGCUCAAAUAUUUUGGCGGAUUGGUCCAGGUCAUGUUUAUUUCUGGCACGACCACUGGUUUGGCGAUGGUCCCCUUUCGGGCAUUAUUGAUGGUGGUCGGCUAACGUCAGUUCAUGUGGAGUAUUAUUUGGUUAACGGUCAGUGGGAUCGAAACAAGCUUGCUGAGGAUAUUCCUUUUGAGUGGAUCGAUAGGAUUUGCUCGGUCCCAAUCUCUGGUGCUUCGUGUGAUUUGCCCAUUUGGAGAGCUUCUUCGGAUGGCAAGUUUUCCUUGACCUCGGCUUGGGCCUUGAUACGACAGCAGCAUACCCCUACCCCUCUUCUUCGUAUAUUUUGGGGAUCUUGUCUUACUCCUACAAUUUCUAUCUUUCUUUGGCGUCUCCUUCUUCAGCGUCUUCCAGUGGAUACCAAACUUCAGUCUCGAGGCACCUCUCUUGCCUCGAGGUGCUAUUGUUGUCCAGAUCCAUCUAUUCCUGUGUCGAGUCUUGUAUCUCAGUCUGUCGAGUCUCCUUCUGUUGAGUCGAUUGAUCAUAUCUUCGUGGAGAGCCCGACGGCUAAGAGGGUAUGGCAUCAUUUUUUCUAUCUUUUUGGCUAUACACCUGCACACACUACGCACAUACCCCAGAUUUUACUUUAUUGGCAGCACUUCACUUCGCACACACUCACACACCACACACACAUCACGACCAUUGUGCCUUGCUUGAUCUUGUGGUACUUAUGGAUUGCAAGAAAUGACAGCAAGCACAAGGAUAUCACGGUUCGCGCUUCUUCCAUCAUUUACAGGGUCAUCCAGCACAUCAGGAUUCUUCACCAAACCAACUUACUUUCGGCGGACAGCUGGACUGGCAUUCCCCACGUGGCUGAGUCUCUUGGCCUAUAUUACCGAGUCAGAACACCAACUCUCACACCUCAUCGAGUUGUUUGGCUUCCACCGGAUCCGGGUUGGGUGAAGCUAAACACAGACGGAGCACGUAGAGCAUCCACCCAGAUUGCAGCUAUUGGCGGGAUUAUCAGAGGUUCGGACGCUGAGGCCAUAGUUGCAUUUCACGAGAGGAUCUCUGCCCCGAGCAGUAUUGCGGCCGAGCUUGCUGCCCUUGCCUCGGGGCUGCGAUUUGUUAUUCAGAGGCAAUUCACUAGAGUUUGGAUCGAGCUUGACGCAGAAGUCGCUGUUCGACUUCUUUCGCACACGGACCAAGGUCAUUGGAGUCUUCAGAGUUCUCUCACGGCGAUCCGGAACUCUCUUUCUACUUUGGAGUACAGGAUUACACAUAUCUACCGGGAGGGCAAUAAAGUAGCUGAUGCAUUAGCUAACUUGGGGUGUCAGACCGAGUUGGCUCGUACCUUCACAACAGCGGAACUUCCCCGACCUAUUCAGCAGAUGAUUCGGAUGGACCAGCUUGGAUAUCCAUCCUUUCGACGACAGUCUCGCACAUAG